AGCCGAGCUCCGUGUUACUGCUGUGUGAGCCUCAGUCACACAGCAGUAACGGGAGGCGUGCAGGAUAUAGUGGCGGUGGUGGGAGCACACGAGGAGCAGAGACCACUGUGAACCGGGCUUUGGAUAAUUACCGUGAAGCGGGCGCUUUUUGGGGCGCACUUGCCUCCCCCCCCCUCCCGCCCCCAUCCCCAGCCCCAUCACCCCCACCCCCCACCCCCCCGGAGCAAUGGCAUCUAUGGAUCGAUCAAAGGGACUGCGUUGAGGCCCUGAGUAAUGGAGUCCCUGUUUGGCGGCGGGGAGCUGGGGCUGCUGGGAGGGGGUGGAGAGGCAGGGGGUCUGAAGGAGGAUGGCUGCGGCAGCGUGGCAUGGCGCUCCUCACCCUUGACCCCCGACGACGUCUACCCGACCUCCCACUUCGCCCUUAUCACCGCCUAUCAGGACAUCAAGACCCGGCUGGCCAGCCUGGAGAGAGAGAACAGCAGCAUCAAGAGGAAGCUCAAGAUCUAUGAGAUCAAGUUCCCCAUGAUCAGUGAGUUUGAGGACGACAGUAACUACUGUUCCUUUGAGAGCAAAGAGACGGCUCUGCUGCAGUCUGAGAACGGCAACCUGCAGCAGAGGGUCAACGCCCUCACCCACGAGAUCCAGAAGAGGAAGGACAGAGAGGAGCAGUUGGAGGAUGUGAUCCAGGCCUAUGAGAAGAUUCACUUAGAGAAAAGUAACCUCCAGAGAGACCUCGACAAGAUGACAAGUCUGGUGGAGAAGCACGUCGAGCGUAUUUUGAGUCUAGAGUCAGCGCUAAGACAGAGGGACAACUCCCUGCAGAAACUCAACACCCAGCUGCACAGCAAAGACAUGCAGUACCUGCAACUGCACGCCAGCCCAGACACUCACUUGCUGGACUGCCCGGCUAUGACCCUUCAGAGCUCCCGUAGUUUGGAUGCCCUGUCAGACCUGAAGUUGCAGCGGUUGGAGGCAGAGCUAGAAGGGGCACGGCACGAGGCCCAGGGCGCGUGCCAGCGGGAGGAGGAGCUGAAGGGCGAGUGUGAGAGACUCAAGGAGGAGAUGAGACAGCUGCAGAAUAGCCACAGAGAGAGGGAAAUGACUUCUUCAUGCGAGCAGUGUGAUGUGGAGUGGAUAAAGAAGGUGGGAGACGAACAGGUGAAUUUGGCCUUGGCCUAUACCGAGCUUACAGAGGAGCUGGGACGUCUUCAAGCACUGAGCUCCAAACAGACAGAAAUCCUGAGGAAGGCCUCACAGGAACAGGCUAGCCCGGUCCAGCGUCACUCUCCUAUUCACCACCAACGUCACUCCCCAGUGUCUCCUCGCCACUCGCCCAUUCCACAGCGCCAUUCCCCGGUUCCUCCACUGCACCACUCCCCAAUCUCCCAGAGACGCUCCCCGGUCAUCCAGCGCCUGUCCCCGGACAUGCACCGCCGCUCGCCCCUUUUGGAUAUCAGCGACGGGCCGGCCUCUUACUCGAGCCGGCCACCCAGCCAUCACCUGAGAGCCAGUUUCCAGGGCCGGCGUAGCUACUCAGAGGUUGCUGACCCCUCGGCCUACCAGCGCCCUCCCCGCUUCACCCUGGACCCCGUCUCCACCCUGCCCAAGCCCCGGCCAUACGUGGAGGGCUACCCGAAGCAGCAGCAGCCCCAGCACGUCGGCUCCCCUCACGGCGGACCGCAGCACAGAGGCUCCCCCGCUCCCCAUCAGGGUGGUUCAGGGGUCGAGGCGGGCCUCGGGGAGAGCUCCAUGCGCCACUCGAGAGAGAUGCCGUUCCCCCUGUCAGAGGUGUCCCACAUGCAUUUCGAACCCCUGCCCCCAUCCACACCAGCCCCGCAGCCACCGCAGUCCUCGGAGGACGAGGAGGAGUGGACCUGCCCCCAUCCCAUCAGCCCGCCGCGGACACUGGGUGUGUCCUCUCCAGCUGGGCCCGGGGGCGUUAUGAGAGGGCCAGCCUCCUGCUCAGCCUUCCCGAUCCCCCAGCGAUCCAAUACCCUCAGCUGCCACCCGCAAGGAUACCUGUCCGCUGAGCACGCUCAGUCCUGGCCCUCAAUCAACCUGUGGAUGGAGACAGUAGAGAGUGAGAUGAGGAGUUGCCCUCUCUGUCAGUUGAUUUUCCCCGUGGGUUACCCUGAUGAUGCCCUCAUCAAGCACAUCGAUUCCCACCUGGAGAACAGCAAGAUCUGAUUGCCAUGGCAACUAGCCUGCGUGCAAACAUGCACGCACACACACACUCUCUCUCUCUCUCUCUCACACGCGCACACACACACACACACACACUUUGUUGCGACCAGACUCAUAGGUUAUGUAAGAGGUUGGCACACCUGUCCAAAGAGGAAAUACAAUUUGUAUCUCUUCAAGUAUCACACCAUUUAUGGUCCACUGCAGUUAUCUAUGGGUGACUGUCUAUUGGAGGUCCAUACACAGUCCAUAGACGGGGCACUCGUUUCAGUGGAGAUCAUCACAUCUCAAGACUGCCUUUAUGUGUUUUGAAAAGAAGAUGCAAUUUACAUACAUUUAGGUCAAGGAUUUAAAAGGUCAGUAUUUGAUUAUCGUACAUGUAUUUGUCUUAGAUUGGUGACCAUAGAUAUCAGCGUGGAGACCUUUAUAGAUCGCACACAUAAGAAAGGUCUGCUUCUCUCUUAUCUAAUUGGUGCCUCUGGUUGCUGCUCUCUCUUGUGAUGAGCAGGGUUCUGCAGUGGUUUCAGGUUUCCUCCGGCUCCUUUUCGGUGUACUUCUACUAGUACUGUUUUUGCAAAGUUUGCUAAGAUGAGGAUGAACUGCUCGACCUUUUGAGACUUUAACACUUGGACAUGUCAGAAGUUCAUGAUACAUAAAUGAAUGAUCAGGGAGAUUUGAGGCACUUUUGAGUUUAUUCAAUGUUGAUAUAGCACACUUAGCACUCGUUGGCUUUACAUUCGCCUGCUUUGAGUUAUUAUUCUUUUCUCACACGUGUACAGUAUGUGGCGGUCCAUACAUGCCAGUGAUGAUUCUCCGGAUUCCCAGCAGUUGGAUAAUUGGAUUGAUUUUACAAAAUAACAAAUUAAAUGUCGGUAACUGUUUCGGGGCUUGGCUGUAUUAUGAAGUGGUUUUAUUUAUUUAUUUGUUUCUUUUUACGACGCUGUAUGAGAGGAUGGCACUGUGAUUGUAAUAUGUAGUGAACAACUUGGCUGACUGUCAGCAGAUCAGGGUUGGACGUCAGUUCGCCUUCAAUUCCUCGAAAUGAGAAAGUGUGGUUUCUAUGACAAAAAGUCAAACAUUCCACAAACACACUGCGUUUUUUUUUGUUGUUUGGUUUGGUUUUUGUUUUUUUUUUGACUGACGCAUUAUUUAGAUUCGGUGGUUGCGAGUGUUGAAAUGUGUUUUUGAUGGGAGUUGAGGCGGAUUGACCCUGACGAAGGUUGACGAUGCCCUGCAGGGCGGGGCAUACACGUGGAUGUGACCUCGCUACGUGCAGCGUGGCAGGAACCCGUUACUCAGAAUUACUCGGAAUAUACCUUUAUGCUUGCAGCCUGACCAGAUAUCUCAGUAUCUUAGCACCUUAAGUUAACCUAGCCUACUGAUUACUGUAGUAUAUCUGUUUUCAUUUCCCACCAUAUAUUUAUUGUUUAACUGUAAGUAACGAGGCAAAAAAAAAAAAUGACUGAUAUAUAUUUUUGCAAAUGUUGAUGCACCACAUAACUCAUGUGGGUGACAUUUAUCUCCCGUGGUCUUGCACACUGCUGUGUAUAUAUAUAUAUAGAUAGUGUAGAGGAGGAUGGAGGUUUCAUUCCAAUGGUCGCUGAUGGCACGGGAUAUUUUUCUGUAGAAAGACUUGGUUUUCAUCUGGGACUGCCCUCGAUCUUCCUAGAGAACUGAGCUUCACAACACUUUGAUGUCACUACUGCCCAGACUACCCCACAAAAAAAUGUAAAAAAUAAGUGCAGCUGGUGGUGAUGAACAAAAACCACCAGAACUAGAUGACGCCUUUUGGCCCAUGGAUUUCAUUUAUUUUGCUGCAGGUUAAAUCUUAAUUCCAGAUCUGCUUGUGUGUAACUUAAAUUUCUCAGUAAAAACUCUGUUACACUGAUGUCAGCCUAUCUCAAGAUCUAAGUUACAUGCGCGGUUUCAGAGUUAAGUCUUGUUAUUAUACAUCCACCCAUGCAUUUAAAAAAGUUUUUUUUUGUAAUGUUUGAUGAGAUAGUAUGGGCAGAUUAGGACAAAUAGUGUAGGUAGAGGUACAUUUUAUCACGUUGGCGAGAAGGGACACCGCCCUUCAGCUGGAAAUCAGCUGUGCAACAAAACCUCUAAGGCAGCAUGGACAUAUUCUACCACUAAAUAACUGAGGGCUGUAAUGAUUCCCAAAUAGUUCCUUCUGUAUGUACCUUCCUACUGCCUAUCACUCUGUGCAAAACUAUUUACAGCUGUGUACAGACAGGUGUUUUGCAAGCUUGUAAGGAUGAUGUAACAUGUACUCUAUUAAACGACUUCA